AUGCAUCUCCAUCGCAGGCAGAAUGACGCCAAAGUCUCCUCCACAGCAUCUGCCAACGCUCCCAAGUCCUCCAUCGCAACGGAUCCCAAUGCCACCCCUUCCGACUUCAAGGUCCCGACCCCUUUUGACACGGCUUUAUCGAACAACUACACCGCGUCCUGCGCCGCCUUUUUCCGCACGUUUCUUACCAACAAGGACUUUUCAGAAUGCCAUCCGUUUUCCUUGAUGCUGCAGACCUCAAGCGGCUUUUUCGAUGCGUCCAAAUCCUUCGUGCGAAUAACCCAGACAUUGGAGGCGACUUGUCGAGUGGACAUGACAAAAUGCACAGACACCAUGAAUCACCUCGCGCGGGAACUGAUAGGAGAUAACAAUUGUGCUGUGGACUAUGCGAACGACAAUCCGCAGGUGAUACAGGCUUAUAAUGGCCUGAUAGCCUAUGAGCCACUGUACCAGGCAAGUUGCCUGAAGGAUGAUGCAGGAAGCUAUUGCUAUGCCAAUGCUGUGACGAAUAGAUCCGCCAUCACCGAUCCCUAUCCAUAUUACUUACCGCUCGGCGUACCAUUACCUGGCGGCACGAGAGCAACCUGUAACUCCUGUCUCCAGGACGUCAUGGCCAUCUUCUCGUCCUUUGCCGGGAAUACAACGCAGCCGAUCAGUCAAACUUAUAACGGAGCCGCUCAGCAGAUCGGAAUCGCCUGCGGGACCGGGUUCGUGAAUCAGACCGCAACACCGCUCAAAGCAGCAGCCGCAACCAUGACGAUUUCGAUGACACCGGCCAUCACCGUAGUAUUUAUGCUUCUGCUAGGUUUCUUCGUAUGA